AUGUCAGCAAGUAUUUUGGAACACUAUCAGACCAGCGACGACAAUGACCUUAGAUAUAUGGCUCUUAGAGAGCACUUUUUGAGCAUAGAGGAACCCUUGGACGAUCAGUUGCUGCUCGAUGUCGUGUCACGUGUUCUUAUACCUGCUCUCGGUGAUCCAGAUCGAACUAUUACAGAACUUGUGUCGACCCAGCUCCUGCCCCACAUCUCGGAGGUAAAUGCACUGGAAACUGAGGCGUGUGUGAUUCUGCCCUUGUGCAAAAAGCUUCUAGAAGCUACUUCCCACGUGCACAGUUUUCCCCCAGUGCUGCAAGCGCUAAAAAACGUCCUUUCGCGUUUGAGAAAUCCACUACAAACAUCUGAGCCUUUCGAAAAAUAUUUUGAGACAUUGAUAUUGCUUAACCCGAGACCUUACAUGGUUUGGGAAACCUUGUCGUUACUGAUUGAGAAAACGCUGGCGACGGUAUCAUGGCACGUGACUAGUGUCAGGUAUCGCACACUGUAUAGCCUAGCGCUGAGUGACGGAGGAUCAGCGGCCAUGGUUGCUCUUCGCACAGCGACCAGUAGGGUAUCACCUAAAACAGUUAAAGAGGCUUUUGAAGAAAAUCCGGAGAUCACAGAUGCCCAAUUGAAACUUCUGUCCCACAUAACAAGCGAGCAAGCUGCAUUCCGCUUACUGUACCCCGAGCUCAUCGGUAGUUUGCUGCAAGGUGGUCAGCUCACAGAAGAUGCAUACAAGACCCUGGUCAAUCUUUCUGUCUGGCUGCUGCAGCCAGUCAUGAGCGAAGUCUCCAACGUAAAAACAGAGCUCCAAAAUCGGUUGUUCGCGACAUGCUACGAAGUCUUGGCCGAUUAUGCCGAAAAGAUGGAGACUGAUUCAGAGCAAGAAGCAGAUUCCGAACAGGAGGAUUAUUAUAAAGAGCUUUCGGCCGACGGUUAUGGUGGAGGAAUCAUGUUUGAAAACGAAGAAGAAGGGGAGACAGAACAAGAUGCAGAUGAAUUGUCACCUAACGUUUUUUACUGGCUUAAAGUAUUACAACAGAUAAAGCUGCAGCUUCCGCAAACAAUUGCAUCAAUUCUCACUUCACCGAAGUUUGCAAAAAUCCAAAACUGGAUUCCAAUCCAAGAUGAAAGAUCAAAUCAGUUGUCAUUAUUAUCGCAUGAAGACGAAAAUACGAACCGUGAUUCUUUACCCCUAAAAGAGAAUUCUGCUAAAGUUGCUACUGACCCUUCGAGCUUAACGACAGAUUCAAGGCCAAAUGAAACAGACAGCAUAUUGGGUGAGGUUUCUACUAUCACUGAAGCUUCCAGAAAUGCCGUUGUACGCCGAUUGUGCGACAUGCUUAGUACUGAAGAUACCGAUCUCACCAAUUUGGAAAUGGCGGUAGAUGCAGCGUCCACGCUUUCGAGACGCGAAGAGAUGCAAAACACGCAUGACCUUAUCGCUGAGUUAUUAUGGCCACAUUUGAAACCUAAUAAACAAUUUAUUGGAACCAUAAAGGUCGGGAACAUGAAGCAAUCAAUUGACGACGGCGUUUCUUUCCGAAUAAGCUGUUAUGCUUUAUUACAACAAUUGCAGCUGUCUUACGGAUCCCAAUGCCGAGUAUUGGAGGAGUGCGUAGAAAGAGGCUUCAAGGACGAAGCUACUAUAAAAGAAAUAUCGGCGGCACUUUUCACCUCAACUUUCACUCAGAUUUGGCCUCAAAUAGAGAUUCGUGAUACUGUUUGGUUAUGCAACAAACUUUGGCCAAGGAUCCAAGAGAGACUCGACAAGGCGCUCGCUACGAAGCCUAAUGAUUCCUCGACAUCCCACCAAAUUGCGAACUGGACGAGAGGCAUAGCAAGUUUGGAUACUGUACGGGAAUUGGUGGGAACAGCGUUACAUACGAGUUUGAUGCCAGAUAACGACGAAGUCAACCAAACUUUGUGA